AUGCACCACAGUGUGUUGAUGCUCCUGCUGGGGAUGUGCACGGUAUUUGCACGGCCGUCUAAAAACUUCGAGAUAUUCCUGCCUACCGACUACAGACAACUGGGCAACACCCUGCAAAGGGUUGACGACACAGAUCAGGAGAUGUUCCAAGGAUACUAUGACAGACCGAUGGCACGAUUACAACGAAAGGUGAACACGUUCGCACUUCCAAUCAAAAGGAUACCACGGAUCGGUGGAACCAUUGUGAUGGGAUGA